AUGCAUGAAGACGUUUUGAACAAGACUCUGGAAAAUAAGUCAAAAGUAUUCCCCCGCGCCCAGAUUAGCAUGGAAAUACUGUGGCUGAAAGAAUCCUUUACAAGUUCUUUGCAAUCAGUGCAUGAGAGCACCUCUGGACAAAACCCCCACACAAAAGAUCCAAGACAAAGUGAAAAUUUUGCAGACAGUGUUAGAUAA